AUGGCUGGCGUAGACGAGACACUCGUGGCCGCGACUGCUGUGCUACAAAACCUGGCAAGAGACGAGCCCUCCUCCGGCUCUUCUUCCCCCCCUUUUGAUUUCCAAUUAUCAUCGAACGGAAUCAAAUCCACCAAACUCCCCGGAGACCAUAGUCCUGCAAAGGUAGCCUUCGAAGCCGAGCUUGAGGCACUGGUGCGCCGCGUGCACCAUCUGGAAUUCCAAGCUGUCAGUCACCACUUCCCCGACGAGAUCCAACAGCAGACGGAUCCCCAUGGGGAUGGGUCUGCUGAAGAACCCAACGAGAAGAAUCUCGAUUUCUUGAGGACAUUUGGGCUCUCUCGCUUCGCGUCCGGUCAAGGUUCUGACUCUUCUUCUUGCCUUUUACAGCAGCAAAAAUCGAACCCCCAAGCGCCGCUGGAGAAUCUUGACGACCGCCCUCUGGGAGAGAUCGAUGACGACACCGACGAUGAUGACGAAGCCGGCACCCGCGUCGUACGGGAGGAGGACAUUAGCUUCCUCCGCAAUCAUGUCCAGAAGCAGGCCGAGGAAAUAAGCUCGCAGAAAGAUAUUAUCGCCCAGGUCCGUGACGAACUGCAAAAACAGGAAGAACACACUCGGCGCGCUCUCACCAAAGUCGAAAACGAAGAUGUCGUUCUGCUGGAACGUGAGCUCCGCAAGCAUCAACAGGCCAACGAGGCCUUCCAGAAAGCCCUACGUGAAAUCGGGGGUAUCAUCACCCAAGUCGCUAAUGGUGACCUUUCCAUGAAAGUUCAGAUUCAUCCGCUGGAGAUGGACCCCGAAAUCGCCACAUUCAAACGUACAAUUAACACUAUGAUGGACCAACUACAAGUCUUUGGUAGCGAAGUGUCCCGUGUCGCUCGUGAAGUCGGUACUGAAGGAAUACUCGGCGGACAAGCUCAGAUCACUGGGGUCCAUGGUAUUUGGAAAGAACUUACCGAAAACGUGAACAUCAUGGCCAAGAAUUUGACGGAUCAAGUGCGUGAAAUCGCUUCUGUUACUACUGGUGUCGCCCACGGUGAUCUGAGUCAGAAGAUCGAGAGUCGAGCCCAAGGAGAGAUCCUUGAGUUGCAACAGACCAUCAACACCAUGGUGGAUCAACUCAGAACCUUUGCUACGGAAGUGACGCGAGUCGCGCGUGAUGUCGGUACGGAAGGUGUACUCGGAGGACAGGCCCAAAUCGAAGGUGUUCAGGGCAUGUGGAACGAACUGACCGUUAAUGUCAACGCUAUGGCCAACAACCUCACCACGCAAGUGCGAGAUAUUGCCACCGUCACCAAGGCCGUCGCCAAGGGUGAUCUCACACAGAAGGUCCAGGCCAACUGCAAGGGUGAAAUCGCGGAGCUGAAGAACAUCAUCAACUCCAUGGUGGACCAACUACGACAAUUCGCCCAAGAAGUCACCAAGAUUGCCAAAGAAGUCGGAACAGACGGUGUUCUGGGUGGUCAAGCCACCGUUAACGACGUCGAAGGAACAUGGAAGGAUCUCACAGAGAAUGUGAACCGAAUGGCUAACAACCUGACCACCCAAGUGCGAGAGAUUGCAGACGUCACAACUGCUGUCGCCAAGGGUGAUUUGACUAAGAAGGUCACUGCCAAUGUCCAGGGAGAAAUCCUCGACCUUAAGAGCACCAUCAACGGCAUGGUGGACCGAUUGAAUACCUUCGCUUUCGAAGUCAGCAAAGUGGCUCGUGAAGUCGGCACGGACGGUACCCUUGGUGGUCAGGCCAAGGUUGACAAUGUGGAAGGAAAAUGGAAGGACUUGACCGACAACGUGAACACUAUGGCGCAGAAUUUGACGUCUCAAGUGCGAAGCAUCUCCGAUGUCACGCAAGCCAUUGCCAAGGGUGACCUUGGCAAGAAGAUCGAGGUCCAUGCCCAGGGAGAGAUCCUCACACUCAAGGUCACCAUCAACCACAUGGUGGGUCGACUUGCCAAAUUCGCCACCGAGUUGAAGAAGGUCGCCCGAGAUGUCGGUGUUGACGGCAAGAUGGGUGGACAGGCCAACGUGGAGGGUAUUGCAGGUACCUGGAAAGAAAUCACCGAGGACGUGAACACCAUGGCCGAAAACUUGACAUCACAAGUGCGUGCCUUUGGCGAAAUCACAGAUGCUGCCACUGACGGUGAUUUCACGAAACUUAUCACCGUCAACGCAUCUGGUGAGAUGGACGAGCUGAAGCGCAAAAUCAAUAAGAUGGUUUCCAACUUGCGUGAUAGUAUCCAGAGAAACACUGCCGCCAGGGAAGCUGCCGAACUUGCCAAUCGCACCAAAUCAGAGUUCUUGGCCAAUAUGUCUCACGAGAUCCGAACCCCGAUGAACGGUAUCAUCGGAAUGACCCAAUUGACAUUGGACACGGAUGAUCUCAAGCCGUACACCCGAGAAAUGCUCAACGUCGUGCACAACUUGGCAAACAGUCUGUUGACCAUCAUCGACGACAUCCUCGAUAUCUCCAAGAUUGAAGCCAACCGAAUGGUGAUUGAGAGCAUUCCUUUCACUGUCCGGGGCACUGUGUUCAACGCCCUCAAGACGUUGGCUGUCAAGGCCAACGAGAAGUUCCUGAGCUUGACAUACCAGGUUGACAACACCGUUCCCGACUAUGUCAUUGGUGAUCCAUUCCGUCUCCGGCAGAUCAUCCUGAACUUGGUUGGCAACGCUAUCAAGUUCACCGAGCAUGGUGAAGUCAAGCUCACCAUUCGCAAGUCGGAUCGCGAGCAAUGCACCACUACUGAAUACGCCUUCGAGUUCUCUGUGUCUGACACAGGUAUUGGAAUCGAAGAGGACAAACUUGAUCUCAUUUUCGACACCUUCCAGCAAGCCGAUGGCUCGACUACCCGCCGAUUCGGUGGUACCGGUCUUGGUCUUUCUAUCUCCAAGCGCCUGGUCAACUUGAUGGGUGGUGACGUUUGGGUCACAUCGGAGUACGGCCACGGCAGCACUUUCCACUUCACCUGCGUUGUGAAGCUUGCAGAUCAAUCUUUGAGCGUCAUCGCCAACCAGCUUCUGCCUUACAGAAACCAUCGCGUGCUCUUCAUUGACAAGGGCCAGAACGGUGUUCAGGCAUCUAAUGUCAUGAAGAUGCUGAAGAAGAUUGAACUAGAGCCUCUGGUUGUGCGCAAUGAAGAACAUGUGCCACCUCCUGAGAUUCAAGAUCCUUCUGGUAAGGAGUCUGGUCAUGCCUACGAUGUCAUCAUCGUGGACUCGGUGGAUACUGCUCGUAUAUUGCGCACAUUUGACGAGUUCAAGUAUAUCCCAAUCGUUUUGGUCUGUCCUUUGGUAUGCGUCAGCUUGAAGUCGGCUCUGGAUCUUGGUAUCAGUUCAUACAUGACUACCCCCUGUCAACCGAUCGAUCUUGGAAACGGUAUGCUACCGGCGUUGGAGGGACGAUCGACACCCAUCACGACGGACAAUUCCAGGUCAUUUGAUAUCCUGUUGGCUGAGGAUAAUGACGUGAACCAGCAACUCGCAAUGAAGAUUCUUCAGAAGCACAACCACAAUGUCUUUGUUGUUGGCAACGGUUUGGAAGCCGUUGAAGCCGUCAAGAAGCGUCGUUACGACGUUAUUCUGAUGGAUGUCCAAAUGCCUGUCAUGGGUGGUUUUGAAGCCACUGGAAAGAUCCGUGAAUACGAACGCGAGAGCGGACUCCAACGCACCCCGAUCAUCGCACUCACUGCCCACGCCAUGUUGGGUGAUCGCGAGAAGUGCAUCCAGGCCCAGAUGGACGAGUACCUGUCCAAGCCAUUGAAACAGAACCAGAUGAUGCAAACGAUCCUCAAGUGUGCCACCCUUGGUGGAUCGCUGUUGGAGAAGAGCAAGGAGUCAAGAAUCUCCAGUAGUGGGGAAAUGCACCCCAACUACUCCAUGUCCUCCGACAAUCAAAAUCAACAGCAACAGCCACAGCAACAAUCCCAGCAGCGGCAAUCGAAGCAGCAAUCGCAGCAACCUCAACAGCAGCCCUUGCCACAACCCACGCGCCCUGUUGUGGAUUCGCGGUCUAUAACUUCCUCCGGUCCCAUCGGCCGUGGAAGCGUCGUCAGUCCGGCACCACAAGACAAAGACGAAGAGAUGAUCGACGAGCGGACACUGUUGCGUUCAAACAGCACCUAG